UCCAUAAAACGACAAAUACAUAUGCAAAAAACUCUCCCACUGUCAGAAAUAUCUGAAACACACAGUCAGUUGAGUUCAAUUAUUACCGGAAAUAGCCGGUCUUCGUCCGGUUCCUCGAAACCCUAUGCACUCUCGGCCACUUCCCCAUGGUUUGAGAAAGAAGAAAUCUCGUUGCGCAAAUGAUCUGUGUGUGUUUUUGAGUGUUUGUGUGUUUGCGCGCGCGCAAUACGAGUGUGCGUAUGAAGAUGCUUGGAUCCAUGCCCACCCAACUCUCUCAAUCAAUUCACGUAUCUCCUUCUGCUUGCUGCUGCUUCUGCUUCUAACCUGUGCCAGUCCUUGACAUAACUUUUUCAGCUCAGAAUAACAUCAUGAUAGCCUCUCAUUUCAUCACCACCCUAUCUCUUUAGCCUCCCACUCCAAUUAUUCUCCUCUGUAUUACCCAUAAUAACCCCAAACUCUUCACCUCUCUCUCUCUCUCUCUUCUCUUUUGGCUAGUAGCUAUGGCGGAGAGUUUUGAGCCUUACCAUGUCCCACAACAAAGUAGAAGAGAUAAACUCAGGGUAGUCAUCGCCCAGAACCACCACGGUGGUGUUGUGGAACCCACCUCGGCUAACCUACAAGGGUGCGCAGGUUUGCUCCCCCUCUACGAUCCCGCGCUUCUUUCCUCCGAUUUGUUGACUUGCGCCAACACCGCCGCCACCGCACACAAUUUCCACCACCACAACCCCCAGCUUUCGGGGCCCACAACCGAGGCUUGCAAAGCAAGUGGCUGCUCUGUCAAAGAAGAAAGCGUCAAUCUGAUGGGGUUCGUGGGUAGUAUUAUGAACGGUGCUUCGUCUUCUUCCUCGGCCUCUCACCACCCUUACUUGGAUCCCCAAUCCUCCUUGCCUAAUAUUCCGAGCUCUAUCCAAGAAAUCAACAGUAUCCCUUUUCUUUAUCCUCCUCGAAGUCUCCAGAGCCUUCGAGAUUUCGAUCAGAGCUAUAAUGGUGGUGAAGUGGCCGUGUUUAAGCCAGAACCACUGUCUCUAUCUUUGUCAUCACAUGCUACCCAACAAAGCAACCUCCCACUGGAGCUAAAUCUCCAACGAUACGGGUCCAGUGCAGGUGGGUAUGUGAUUCCUGGUGUUGUUGGUGGCAGUGCCGCGGCCUCGAACGACUUGUCGCGGAGCUCCGUGCCGCUCGGACCGUUUACGGGAUACGCUUCGGUUUUGAAGGGAUCGAGGUUCCUGAAGCCCGCGCAACAGUUGCUGGAGGAGUUCUGCGAUGUGGCGGGUCGCGGUAUUUACGCCGAAAAGAUCGCGGCGGAUUCAGCUCUCAUGGACUCUCCCAUGGAGACCCUGAGCGCAACUGGAAUUGUAGAAGAUCCGCCUACUUGUGGAGAUGGGGGCGAGGUUCGGAGAAAGAAGUCAAGGCUCAUUUCGAUGCUCGAUGAGGUUUACAGGAGGUACAAGCAAUACUAUCAACAGAUGCAGGCUGUAGUAGCAUCAUUUGAAUACGUUGCUGGGCUAGGCAAUGCUGCUCCCUAUGCCAACUUGGCCGUAAAAGCUAUGUCUAAGCAUUUCAGGUGCUUGAAGAAUGUGAUUACUGACCAGCUUCAGUUCACAAGUAAGGCUCAGGGUCAUGCAGUGCAUGGAAAAGAUGAAGGUCCAAGGUUUGGGAGCACUGAGAGAGGACUACAUUACCAGAGACCUGUGCACGAUUCAGGAUUCCUUGAGCACCAACCCGUUUGGCGGCCCCAAAGGGGGCUUCCUGAACGUGCUGUAACUGUUCUCCGGGCAUGGCUGUUUGAACACUUUCUCCAUCCUUAUCCUACUGAUACAGACAAACUAAUGUUGGCUAAACAAACUGGCCUAUCACGAAGCCAGGUUUCUAAUUGGUUUAUCAAUGCAAGAGUAAGGCUUUGGAAGCCAAUGGUGGAAGAAAUACACAUGCUAGAAACACGGCAAUCACAAAAAUCUUUACAAAGGGACGAUCGAAGUGGCAACAGAUCAAGUGAUCAUUUAACUUCAGCAAACUCACUUGUAUCCGACAACCCUUCCACCCCUGCCCAAAGGGUUCAAGACAACCCAUCAAAGCGGACUAGAAAUGAAGUUCCUGAUAUACCUGUGGGGAGUGAGGAACCACAGCACUUAUCAUACAACUUCUCAAGUCAUCCUCAUGUGGGUAUAGGUAUGAGCAUGGCGGGUGGAAGUAGUGGUGUUUCUUUAACAUUGGGUCUUCACCAAAAUAAUGGGAUUGGUUUAUCAGAGCCAUUUCCCAUAAAUGCAGUUCAACGUUACGGUCUUGGCCUCGAUACAAGUGCUGAGGGAUAUGUUAUGGGAGGCUUUGAAUCUCAUAAUCGGCAUUUUGGAAGGGGGGAUGUUAUUGGAGGCCAACUUUUGCAUGAUUUUGUGGGCUGAAGAUGUUCAGUUUAAGGGCUGUCUGGACGUCAUUUAAUUUGAUCAUUUUCUGACAAUUCUCAGUUAGAUUUGCUUUUAUCAUCUCUCAGGAUCGAGGCUGACACAACAGUGCAUGGCUGAAUAGAAACCUGUUAUGUUGCAAGAAGAGGUGUUUUACAUCAUCGCAAUGUAUACGAUCUCUUAAAAGACCCGGAAAACAUAAAGUAUUGGUGUAAAAUUCAGGUGUAAAUUUAUAUUAUAAAAGGAUACCUUGGCAUCGGCCAAUCA